AUGGUCAACAAGCUUUGCCCUGAAACAACAGCGUUGAUUCGUUUGUACAAAAAUGAAACUGAACUGAAAUAUAGAAAAAUUGCUGCGCGAUGUGGAGUGUCUAAGUCAGCUGUUCAUAAAAAAUGCAACACGAAAUUGCGUCGGAAGUUGGUGCCUAAAAUUUCAAAUGGUAGAGUUGGACGACCAAGAUGCCUUAACGAAAGGGAUGAAAGAUCACUAUUGCAAGCUGUUAAGACGUUACAAAAGACGUCAGUGAACUUCUCCGUGAAAGAUGUUAUACAGGAAAGUGGACUGGAUCCAAGCAUUGCAAAGCGAAGGACAAUUUCUCUUUAUCUUAAUCGCGCCGGUUAUCACCAUUUACAAGCAAGAAAAAAAGGAUUAUUAAGUGAAUCUGACAAAAAAAUUCGAACCAAAUAUGCACGAAAUGCAAAAAAAUUACUUAAAGACUCUCCUAAGUUCUACACACAUGACAUCUCAUUCUAUCUAGACGGCGUUUCAUUUGUUCACAAAUACAAUGCACUUAAAACAGCCCUGCAGCCGAAAUCGCAUGUGUGGAGUAAGCAAGGUGAAGGACUAGAGAUUACAAGUAAAGGAAGUAACGAUUUGCCUGGAGGAAGGCGAUUGCAUCUCAUGGUCGCCGUUGCGUAUGGUAAAGGCGUAAUUUUAAGAAAGGCAUACGAGAAAAUCGACGGUUCUUUUUUUGCAGGUUUCGUGAAAGAAAACCUAAACUUAUGCUUCGCUAAAGCUGGUCCAAGGAGAGGAAGGCAGUGCAUAUUUGUCAUGGACAAAAUACCAGCGAGAUCUCCUGAUUUAAACCCGAUUGAAAACAUUUUCCAUGUAGUAAAGAAGCAGCUAGAAGAAGAAGCCAUAAAUAUGCGAUUGUCAAAGGAAUCAUUUCAGAAUUUUCAUGACCGAGUAUGUCACUGUUUAGAUAACUUAAGUGUUGACCUUGUUGAUUGGACACUCGAAACUAUGUCUAAUCGCAUUACCGCGAUACUAAGGAAAAAAGGAAUUAGAUCAAAAUACUAA